GAAACGGAUAGAAAAGUAAGUAAAAUGGAGGAAGACGGUAAGGAGGGUGCCGAUGAUAUACCCGUGCACACCACGUUUGAUACAUCCGUACAGGAAAGUACUUCAUUGGAGGAGCAUGAAACAGAGAUAUUAGAUGAUGUAUAUAAAGAGAAAAUGCCAUCACCUCCUGGAACAAUAGCAAUAACAACAACAACGAAUGUCAAUGAGAAUGCAAUUUGCAAUGCAGUUGAUAAUGAAGUGGUUCUACUGACUAAAUUAGAUAAAGCAGUUUGUACAAAUGAUACGUUUGAGGAUUUGCAACGCGCCAUUACCUACGAAGCAGUUUUUGCUACUCUCUUCGAGAAGAAGGUACUGGCAAUGAAGCGAGACUGCGAGGAGCGAAAACGUGCUAAACGUAUGAAAAGAAAAUCAAUUGGUCGUAUAUUUUUUGGUAAGAAACUUUUUGGAGGCAGCAGUGGUUCACGUAAAAGCUCAAUUUGUAAAAUUGAUGAUGAGUCACUUGUAAAGGAUGCACUUGAAGUUGAACAAUUAUCACCCACUGCCAUUAGUACAGUAGUUAGAAGUAGAAGUACUGAUGACAUAGAAGUGGCAUCGCCAUCAUUGUUAAGUCAACGCCCACGCACCAGUCGGUCCAAAUCAAAAACUGUCACUGCCAGUGCUGACGCACAACCUAAUGCGGAUGAUAGCGUCACCAGUACGCUUAGUAAUUCAACAGAUAAAAAUAGUACCGCAGAACAAAUAGUAAAACGCAGUUUACUGGUGCAUGCGCAGACUCACACACCCGCGGAAAUCGCAUUAUCAAGUUCUUCCGGAGACUCGAAAGCAGUACCACAAGCAAUAAAUCUGUCCACUGGUCACAGUAUUGGUAAUGGAAAUGGUAUUAGCACUGUGCCAAUUUCUUUAAUAGAGCGUACCUAUGACACAGUUUCUUUGGCCAGUGGUUAUGAAAAUGGAACUGGUGCUCGAGUGCAUACCUCAACAUUGGCUGAAGAUAGUCUAACAUCUCUACGUGAUAGCAUUGAGAGUUUGUCUUUUGCCAGUUCUCGUUGCACGGUGAGCUUUGGUGCUACCGAAAUUAUACCAGAAGACUCUGAAUCAUUGGUUUAUGAGCGUGCACGUAUCGCUAAAAGAUUACGAAUCCUAGAAGCGAAAUCAAUAAGUGCACAGUGUAGUCCGAUACUACCACGACAUCCAAUGAAAAUAAUACCGGCUCCAAUGUCACCUUUAACCAGAGUGCCUGCAGCAGCAGUACAAACAGGUAUGCCAGUUCCAUCCACUAUUGUUUCUAUAACGACUGCAGACAGCGCUGCUGUAACACUAGCACCCAAAGCAACUGCCUUAAAUCCCAGCACAACCACUAGGCAAACCCAAACUAAAUCACGUUUUCUGCCAAACCAAUUAUCCUACACGGACAGCAUGUAUGGUUGUGUUACAAAUAUGGAUGCUGCCAAUGCGCGUUAUUUUUCACGCCAAAAUACUUCGGAAGAUAGCGCAAAUGUGACGCUUAGCACAUUGCUAAAUCAGAGCGAUUCCUUAUCAUUGCAUGCGGCACCUAUUUCGUCGCCUACAACUGCAGUCAGUGGCGUUGGUACACCUGGUGCUGUUAUAAGCAAACCAUUCUCAAUAGAUAAUCGUUAUAAAUCGAAGAGCACGAGUCUUCUGACAACUACCCAUAAUGGGCGGGAUAGUAGUAAUCGUUUUUUGUUACCGGCAUUACUUCAACCGUUACCAAAUACUAUACAUUCCACAGUAGCAGCAAGAAAGCUGGAACAGUUACAUAUUACAAGCAAUAUGAAUUACAGUGAUCGACAAGUAGAUAGUUUAGAUAAUAAAUUUAAUCCAACACAGAGCAAUAUAUUAGCCCUUAAUGGUCAUCCAACUUCCUCAUUUGCCACACCUACCGCACUGCUAAAUAUAAAUGCGGAUAGCUCAUCUUAUACGGCUUUGCGAAAUGGCGUACUCACUAAUGGUGCUAUAGUGCCCAGCACAACGUUACCGGGCGAUACAGCUAAAUUGAAUCGCAUGACUUCCACUUCGACUGGUUCAAGUGUGGCGCCCACCGGUUGCUGCACUACAACGAAAUCUACAAAAGAGAAGCAAAACUUUAAGCCCAGUUGGCCAUCGGGGCAAAGUGGUAGCGACGAUGAAUACCGACGACGUAAACGAAAAUACAAGCGCUACCAUAGAUGCUCUGAUCCAGUUUUGGUAUAUCCGACACCAAGUGGAUUGCAGCAUUGCAUACUCAGCAUGCCAACAAAUGAACCGGUAAACUUCCCAUACAAUGAGGAUUUUGCUUACGAUAUGCAAUUGCAAUUGGAGUCGGACAAAAAUGAUGACCUUGAGGAAAUCGUACCAAGCAGCCAUCGUCGACAUCGGAGGCACCGACACCACAGGCAUAAAAAACGACAUCGCCAUAAAAAACCAAAAAUUUUAGUACAGGACUUAGAAACACAAGUGGUUAAGGUAAUCGAUCCGCAUGAUUUGUCGCAAAGGGCUCGUUGGACCAUAAUAGCCACGGCUUGUCUGCUAUUACUUAUGUGCCUAAUGUUGGUCGGUAUUACACUGCGUAUGGCACCCAUAAUAGAUGACAUGGGUAAGAGAUAUAGCGAAAUGCUUAAAUAACUGAAGCAAACACUAGAACAAGUUUACAGAUAA